CAUACACAUAUAUAUUUUAAUUAAUAAAUAUUUUUUUUUUUUACACCACUCGAGACUUUGAGAUCCCGCCAAGGAUUAACAUCGAAUAACUUGCCAACACACGCUUUUUAACUUUUUUCAAUACAUAAAAAUGACACGCACCAUCAUGUCUGUUGUAGGGCUUAUAAUAGCUACCUCUGUUGCGUCUCUUGUUCAAGCUGCUGGUGAUGAAGACGUUUUCGAAUUACAACCAGAGAUUCAUCAUGUUUUCAAAGAAGCCGAAAAGAUGCCACCUGCCGCCUUUUCCAAGCUCUUCGCACUUAUUACACUUUCUCCAUGGCUCAUCCUCAUCGGUGGCUGGCUCCAACUCGGUUAUACACCUGGAAAAGUUAUUUCAGAGCUCACUUCAGGCUCUACCGUGCGCACAGUUUAUAUAUCUAGCUUUUUAGUCUCUUUAGUGGGUCUCGAAUAUCUGUUUUAUCUUUAUUGGACACAACUUAACCUUUUCCAAACACUCACCUAUCUUGGUGGAUUGUCUAUCGUCACUUUCUUCACCGGACAACGCGCUUUAAGUUCAAUUCAAACAGCAAGACUUAAAAAAUAAACAAUAAAACUAUUUUAUU